UUGGUGCAUUGAAGGGCUACUAUCUAUUCGAGCACAGACAUGUCCAUAAGAGGUCAACACUCCCAAACGACGAGCAUCAUGAGAAACUCAAUCAGGAACCAAAGGUGUUGUGGGUUCAGCAACAGCAUGAGAAGCUUCGCUUCAAGCGAGAUUCCGGAAGUGGUCUUUCAUCUUCCGGAAGUGAUCUCUCAUCUUCCGGAGGUGAUGUUUCUAGCUUCAAUGAUCCAUCACAUCACCAGCACCAUCGCGUUGCUUCCGAAAUUCCAAACAUUUUCCCAGACCCACUGUAUAAGGAGCAAUGGUAUUUGAACGGUGGAGCAAAAGAUGGCUACGAUAUGAACAUAGCUCAUGCCUGGAAGAAGGGUUACACCGGCAAAGGAGUUGUUGUCUCUAUCCUUGAUGAUGGAAUCCAGACUAAUCACCCGGACUUGUCUCUCAAUUACGACGCGUUGGCCAGCACAGACAUCAACGACAACGACAACGACCCGACACCACGCGACAACGGAGACAACAAACACGGCACCCGUUGUGCGGGCGAAGUGGCCGCGGUGGCUUUCAACCAGUACUGCGGCAUUGGGAUCGCCUACAACGCCAGCAUUGGAGGAGUGAGAAUGUUGGAUGGGACAGUGAAUGACGCAGUGGAAGCGAGGGCGCUGGGUUUGAAUCCGGACCACAUUGACAUCUACAGCGCGUCCUGGGGACCUGAGGAUGACGGCAAAACCGUGGAUGGACCAGGACCACUGGCCAGGAGGGCGUUCAUCAAUGGAGUCACUGCUGGAAGAAAGGGCAAAGGAUCUAUAUUUGUGUGGGCAUCUGGAAAUGGAGGUCGACACGCUGACUCCUGCAAUUGUGACGGAUAUACCAACAGCAUUUUCACUCUCUCAAUCUCCAGUGCUACACAAGGAGGAUACAAACCGUGGUAUUUAGAGGAGUGUUCCUCGACAUUGGCCACCACAUACAGUUCCGGAACACCGGGACAUGACAAGAGUAUUGCCUCGGCUGAUAUGGACGGCAAGCUGCGACCAGAUCAUAUAUGCACAGUUGAGCAUACAGGAACGUCGGCGUCAGCGCCCCUAGCGGCAGGAAUGUGCGCACUAGCAUUGGAAGCCAACCCUGAACUAACCUGGCGUGACAUGCAGUUCAUUGUGGUUCUAACCUCAAAAGCGGCGCCUCUCGAGAAGGAGAACGGCUGGAUUACAAAUGGAAUCAAAAGAAAAGUUUCGCACAAGUUCGGCUACGGUCUGAUGGACGGGGAGGCAAUGGUGUCGCUGGCCGAGCAGUGGAGUCCGGUGCCACCUCAGCACAUCUGCAAGUCGCAGCAGAUCAACGAGGAGCGACCGAUCGAAGCCGCAUACGGCUCACUGCUAGCAGUUUCCAUGGAAGUCAACGCAUGCUCUGGAACUCUCAACGAGGUCCGCUUCCUCGAACACGUCCAGUGCAAGAUAUCGCUCAGGUUUUUCCCGCGCGGCAACCUGCGCAUAACACUGACGUCACCAAUGGGCACCACCUCGACGCUGCUAUUCGGGCGACCACGUGACGUGGCGUCGUCCAACUUCGACGAUUGGCCAUUCUUGAGCGUGCACUUCUGGGGCGAGAAGGUAGAAGGUCGCUGGACGCUGCAGAUCUACAACGCAGGCAAUCGGCACGUCAAUCGACCUGGUAUUUUGCAGAAGUGGCAGCUGAUCUUCUACGGCACCGCAACGAAUCCGAUACGACUUCGGUCGCCGUCGCAACGCUCGCAGCAGCAGACGACGACGAAAUUCUUGUUUCCGUCAGCCGUAUACCGGAACCUACCCAACAUCUUCACUGACUCAGACCCACCGUCAGGUGCCGCUGUAGGAGAGUCAAUGAGUAGCGCGACGGGCAACCAGCAGGACAAUGACGUCACUCACGUACUGCACAACUGUGACCCAGAAUGUGACCCACAGGGCUGCUACGGGAAGGGAGCCACACAGUGUGUCGCCUGCAAGCACUAUCGCUUAGACAACACGUGUGUGAGCAGAUGUCCGCCGCGCAGCUUCGCGAACCAGGAUGGCGUAUGCUGGCCUUGUCACGAGUCGUGUGAGACGUGUGCAGGCGCCGGCCUUGAUUCAUGCCUCACGUGUGCUCCGGCCCACCUCAGAGUCACUGACCUCGCCGUCUGUCUGCAGAUCUGUCCUGACGGCUACUAUGAAAACACGGAGCAGGGCACUUGUAUACCUUGCGAGCCGAACUGCGCCAGUUGCCAGGACAGGGCGGACCACUGCUCCACCUGCGAACACCACCUCGUCAUAUUUGAGAACAGGUGCUAUGCCGCCUGCCCGCUUUACACCUACGAGACCGACGAUUACAGAUGUGUGGCAUGCCACUCGUCGUGCGAGACAUGCAGUGGCGACGGAGUGGCGCAAUGUGUAACCUGCCGCAGUGGCCGUCUGUUCCUGGACGGCACGUGUCAUGCAGUGUGUCCCGACGGCUACUAUGGCGACAAAAAGCGACGAGAGUGCAUGACGUGCCCGCGUGGCUGCUCCACCUGCAACUCGGCCACGUGUCUCACGUGUCACGCCGGCUACACGCUCGACAAGAAGGCGCGCUGUGUCAAACAGGGCACUGCUCGAUGUGCGCCUUCGGAAUACUAUGGUGAGACCCGGUGCGAGACGUGCCACGCGACCUGCAACACGUGUGACGGCUCUCUGGCGGGAGACUGCCUCACUUGCGCAAGUCCGCUGCUGCUGGAGAACGCCACCUGUGUCGCAGUGUGUUCGCGCGGCUUCUACGCUGAUCCGACGCGUGCCGUGUGUGUGCCGUGUCUGCACGCGUGCACCCAGUGUGUGUCACGCAUCAACUGCACCGCCUGUCAACCGGGACUCCAUCUGCAGAGUGGACAGUGCCGUGCUACUUGCGCCAAUGGGUACUACAACGACGUGGGCACGUGCAGCAAGUGUUAUCUGUCGUGCAUGACGUGCAGUGGGCCGCGACGUGACCAAUGUGUCACGUGUCCUCAGGGCUGGCAGUUGGCGGCCGGUGAGUGUCACCCCGAGUGCCCACAGGGCUUCUUCAUGUCUCAAUAUGGCUGUCAGAAGUGCCAUCACUACUGUCACACCUGCAAGGGGGAGGGCCCACUACAGUGCACAUCUUGCCCGCCGCAGUCGAUGUUGGAUGGAGGCUUGUGCCAGGCAUGCCUUGGCUCGCAGUACUACGACCCGCCCACGCAGCUGUGCAAAGCCUGUGACAGCGGCUGCAAGACUUGCUCUGGUGCCGGGCCUUUCUCCUGUCUGUCCUGCACCUUCCCGCUGCAUCUCGACAAACUCAACAACCAGUGUGUGCCCUGCUGCACCCGCCAAAGCCAGCAGAACUGCUGCUCCUGCGACAAGGACACUGGUGAAUGUCACAACUCAUCACCAGCUGGGAAGAGACGCAUCACUGUGGAGCAUGAUAUCGAUGAAAUCCAACUGCAAGCGACCAGUUUGAGAGGAGAGAUGCCACUUCAGUCAAAUUCGCCCUCCACUUCUUUCUCAUCAGGGUUUUCUCUCACACAGCAGCUGACCAGUGGCAAUGCAAUAGUCGUUUUAUGCGCCUGCACACUCAUUCUGAUGGUCGCCAUUGUUGUCAGUGUACAGUUAAAAUCAGAGUCACCAGGCAAGGGCUACUCAAAAAUUCCACUGCGCAUACAUAAGGAAGGAGAUGACUGCCCUAGCAAGCUGCAGACCGACCAGAAGAAAGCAUUGAUUGACGAAGAAACAAGCUGUGCGAGUGAGAGGGAGGAUCUUCUAUCCAACAAUGUUCGCUUCAGUCCCAACCAACGAUGAACAACAACAACCAGACUUGAAUUUAGGUUAGGUUUGUAUCGAAAAAAGUGAGAAACUAUUAUUUUUACGUAACAUUCCAAUGUUGAGAUUUCGAAAAAUCUAAAUUUCUGAGAUUUCGAAAAAUCUAAAUUUCUAUUUUUCAAAAACCGAACCUCCUCUCUUUCUCAAGGAAGGAAGUCCAA